GAUCAAAUGCGCUCAGUCGCUGGCGAAACGUUGAAGUAGAAUUUAAGUGAAUCUCGUUUAAAUCGUAUUGUGAACGCAUGGAUACUAUAUUUUCAACCAAUUGCUUUUAGUUUCUAUUCAAAUAUCGAUGAUUCAUACAUAAAGUGUGAUUUUAAUAAAUAUUAAUAGAUGAAAUUGUAUGUGCGUAGCAGUUGAAAUAAACUGUAUUUGAUGUUUGUUCAAGUAAAGUGUGCCAUUAAUUAAAUAAUUGUAAACCGAAAAUAAUUCUCUAGGCAAAAAAGUUCACACACACACACAAACCCACAUACAUAGUAAAAACAAACGUGUUCGCUGUUGUAAAAAACAAAGAACAACAAAGAAAAAACGUAUAACAACAAUCAAACGCAAAUAAAAUUCGCUCAAUAUGCGGUUGUGCAAUGUGGGAAAAUCCGCACGAUUUAAUAUGCCUCAAUGGCAAUUUUGCCUGGUUUUCAUCGCUGCGUUAUUUUCAACGGCCACAGCGCAGGCACGCUGUCGCAAUCCGAAUGCCAAAGUGGGUUAUUGUGUCUCCAUUUACGAAUGCCCCAGCCUGCUUGAAGUAGUACAACGCUACAACUUAGCGGCAGCGGAUCGUGAGUUCUUGCAGAAAUCUCAAUGCGUCAACGGUUAUGGACGUUCACCGUAUGUCUGUUGUACGCCUGAUAAAGGUUACGAUUCAUCGGAUGAUGACGAAAAUCCAACAUCAACAACAACAACGACAACGCGUCGCCCAUCGACUGUCAAUCCACCAUCGCCGAGCAAUGGUAAAGGCAAUGUGCUACCGGUGCCGCCAGAAUGUGGUCCAACUUCACUGAAUGAUAAAAUUUACAAUGGCAAAGACACGGCACUGGAUCAAUACCCAUGGAUGGUGUUGCUCGAAUACAUACAGAAGAACGGCAAGCCUAUACUCAAUUGUGGCGGCAGUUUGAUAAAUCAACGCUAUGUGCUGACAGCAGGUCACUGUGUUGUGGGAGCCAUCGAAACGGAAAUUGGUCCACUGUCGUCGAUUCAUCUGGGCGAGUAUGAUAUCAGUAAGGAAAUCGAUUGCAUACAAGACGAUUGCAACAACAAAGUUGUAAAAAUGGGCUACGAACAGGUGAUCCCACAUCCACAGUACGAACCCAACAACAAUGACCGUCAUCACGACAUCGCCCUGAUACGAAUGUCUGCGGACGUGACAUACUCGGAUUUCAUUAGGCCAGUUUGCCUGCCGUUGGCCAGCACACGUCAAGCCAUCAAUGUGGGUGAGCUGCUCACAGUAGCCGGCUGGGGGCGUACGUUAUUGGCGCGCCAGAGCAAUGUCAAGCAAGAAUUGGCCGUGCCAGUGGUGGAUCAUGAUUCAUGCGCGCGUAAAUUUUCCUCACGAAAUGUCAAUUUGAUUACGUCGCAGCUCUGCGCGGGCGGUGAGUUCUCCAAGGAUAGUUGUGAUGGUGAUUCCGGUGGUCCGUUAAUGCGCCAAACUGCUCAGAAUCGCUGGUACAUUGAGGGUGUUGUAUCUUUUGGCAAUCGUUGCGGUCUGGAAGGUUGGCCGGCGGUAUAUACGCGUGUGGCCGAUUAUACAGAUUGGAUUGCGCAGAGCUUGCGCCCGUAGUUGUUGUUUAAUGUUCGAUAAAGUUGAGACAAGUAGGCGGCAUGGACUGUAGCUGUAGUGAAUUGUGUUUACGCUUAGCGUCCAUUGGUUUAUAUUUACAAUUCAUUCGAUUGCCAGCUGUUAAUCAUGCAAAUAAUUUUUAAGUGAUGUGUCUGUAAAAGUAAUGAAAAUUAAUAAAAAACAUGAUAAAUCAAUCAAAUUUCAAUCAA